CAUGAAUAUGCGAGCGCCUAUCGCAGUACGCUGGAGUGGGUACUGUACAGUCUACAGCGCUUUGUGUUUUCUCAAACAGAAACAGAAGGAUUGACGGAUAUAAGCGACGUUUGUGUAUCAUCCCGCAUAAUAUCGCACUAAUCAUGCCCGGACAGGCGUCGGUGACGGUGGCCAGCGGCCCGCAGAAGUCGAACGGUUUUGUUUUGAAGAAGAUCAUGAAUAUUCCACCUCCAAACAUACUGGAGGAUCAAGACGACGAUAUUGAGAAGGAGAAACAGGGCUCGACCUGUGGUGGGACGUCCGGUGGCGGCGGUGGUUCGGGGGGUGUCUCGGCUUCUCUCACCCCCACCAUUUGGGACAAAACCAUCCCGUAUGAUGGCGAGACCUUCCACCUGGAGUACAUGGACCUGGACGAGUUCCUGCUGGAGAACGAGAUCCCUGUCACACUGGAGGAGGAGCUGAGCAGGGGUCCAUCAGCCCGAGACACACCCUCCGAGGAGCCGGCGACCGUCCCGCAGAUGCCUGAGGAGGAACACAAGGACGACGAAGAGUCUGAGGACCACUCGCUCACUGUGAACAUCGAGACGAACGCAGAAGUCCAAGCGGCCCCGGACCGUGUGACGCCCCCUCCGAUCGACCCAGAGGAGAUCGAGGUGAGCGUGGCAUUCCAGCCGGACCCUACGGAUCUGGUGCUGUCCAGCGUUCCCGGAGGAGAACUCUUCAAUCCACGCAAACAUCGCUUCUCUGUGGACGAGCUCAAGCCACAGCCCAUGAUCAAGAAAGCCAAGAAAGUGUUGGUUCCUGCAGAGGCCAAGGAUGAAAAGUACUGGUCGCGGAGGAAGAAGAACAACAUGGCGGCGAAGCGCUCGCGUGACGCCCGGCGUCUGAAGGAGAACCAGAUCGCCGUCCGCGCCUCCUUCCUGGAGCGGGAGAACGCGGCGCUCCGACAGGAAGUGGCCGAGCUGCGCAAAGACUGCGGCCGCUGCAAGAAGAUCAUGCUGCUGUACGAGGCCAAGUACGGCUCGCUGUGAGGGACACGCUUCACCCCGACACACAUCAGUCUCCCUUACAAUUCACACCGCAGUCACACAGCCGGGGAUUGUGGGUAAUACGGCGCCGCGCGGGAGGCGGACGAGAACGACACGAGCGUGUGUUUGUAAAGAACGUUUGAAGAAGAAGAAGAAGUCAUAUGAUAACACAACAUAACCUUUGACCUCCUCAUUCUGCCCUCUCAUUCGGUAUGAAGACGAGAUAAUGUGUCUAUGUUUGUGUACAAGAGGUUUUUCGCAGAAAACAAGCGCAUGACCCUCGAUAUGAAGCAAUUCUUUUCUUUAUUCCUCGUAAACGAGCGUGCGACGGAUGGUCACGAUCUGCGAAGGUGAAGUCUGUAAAUAUAUAUACGCUUGUAUUUCGUCUGCUAGUGUCGUCGUUCUUCAGGAAUUACCUGAUUGUGUAGAGUCGACACUUCUGUCAUGCAGAUUAACUCUAGAGCGAUUCAAACUCUUCUUCACCAGAGUUAAGCGGGCGAUUAUUGUAACGUGAGCGUCUGCGCUUGGGUUUAACUACGAGUGACUGAUCCACUGGAUCUGGUUUGUGUUCGGGGUUUGAUCCACGGCAAUAAUGUGCAACUCAUCUUUACCUCAGAUAAGAUGUUUCUGACGAGUGUCUUUUAUUUAUUUAUUUAUUUUUAAAAUACCAUUUUAGUCGGGCAGCUCAGCAUCAGUUGAAAUGCAAGUGUAACUUUAGUUUUUUACAUUCUUAUCAAUGACAGAUUCAUUAUUGCAUACUGCAAUGAAUUAUUAGAAUAAUAAUAAUAAUGCAUUUUUAGAUCAAUUGUUGCAUUGGUAAAACCAUUGUGGCGUGAGUGUGAUUUAUUCCAGUCGAUGACAUUAGCGUUAGCAGUACUAGCAUCACUAGAGUCUCACGUUUAUCGCCGGUUUUAGUGUAUUUAAAAACAAAGACGAAAUAAUGUGCUUCCAGUGUUUAUGGAUUUUGAUAGAUUAAGAUUACACAUAUCAUGGUUUGUUUUCAAUGCUCAAACAAAUUCAUGAACACCACAAUUUUAUUUAUAUUUGUAUUUUUAACAGAUCUUUUUCUUUUUUUUUUUUACAAUCACUAUAUAUGACAAGUAAAUAACCAUCUAAUAUCUAAACAUUUUACCGUUGUAAUAUAUAAUAGUUUCACAUACACAUUGCAUUAUAUAAACUAAUGUCGUAAGUCAUCAAGAUGUUUUUUUUACAAUGGGUUUGAAGCAAAUCGAUUCUAUAUUGAACAGUUGUUUGUGCAUGCUGUUGUCAUGGUGAUGCUGUGCAGUGGGCGUGUCCUUCUCUUCCAUAUAUGGAGAUAAAAACUCUCUAUCCGUUCAUGUUCUCUAUGAAACUCAAAUGUAGCAUUCUGACUUGGUUUUGUCUUUAAUAAAACAUGUAACUUUCAAUAUAAAGACAU